ACAGACUCAAUUAAGCCGAGCAUUAGCUAAUCGUGAUAUACGAGAUUUUCGGGUGGCUCUAGAUAUGGGAGCAGAACCUACUGUACCUGAUGAUAAGCAUAUUUGUGUAUUCGAGAAGGCCCUUCAAACACAUGGUUGUUCUGAAUUUGUGGAAGAAUGUUUAAAGCGGGACUGUAAUGUUAAUUAUAUUAACCAACACUUCAAUAAAGCUGCCAUUAAUUAUGCUGCCGAUUCAAAAGAUCCUAAGAUCUUGAAUGCUAUUUUGCGUUAUCCGGGUGUAGCAGUUGAUCGCAAAUAUGCCAAUAUGACGCCACUUAAUUCAUUAGCAAAAAAUCUUAACAGUGAGAAUGCCAAUGAUGUGGCCAGUUGUUUACAAAUGUUGUUACACUAUGGAGCUUCCCCUAAUAUACCCGAUCAGCGUGAAAUGACACCUUUGCAUCAAGUAGUGAAAAAUCGUAAAUUGGAUGAUUUAAAGAAAAGAGAAAUUAUACAAAUGUUUUUGCAACAACCCGAUUUGGAUAUCGAUACAUAUCGCGAUGGUGAAUUGAGGACUAUUUUAAAAACAGAUUAUGCUGAAUUCAGUUUACCCGCCAUGCGUGAUGGUAAAACUGUUGAUUUUGAUAUACUUAUGACCCAUAUACGUAAUGGUGAUAUGGAAAAGUUUCAACAGCAAUUUCCGGAAUAUCAAUUAAAUAUAUCAGAUAAAGAUAAUUUGAAAAAUACCACCAAAGAGGAAAAUUUGCCUUUGCUAAUAGAGGCCAUAAAAAGGGGAGCUCAUGAGGCCUUUGAUUUGUUAAUGAAAAAUGAGGUUGACUAUAAUGCCGUUCUAAAUGGUAACACACCCUUGGAAGUGGCUACGGUUUGUGGUAAUUGGUAUGCCUUACAAAAGCUUUUACAACAAAACGAUUUGAAAAUAAGACGCGAGGAUCAGCCCUUAAUAACCGCCAUACGCAAAUUAAAUGAAUUGCCUGUCAAUGACUUCUGUGACUAUAGACGUUGCUUUUAUACUCUCUUGGACUCGGAGAAAAUCGAUGUCAAUGAAAUGGAUAAAAGUAAAUCGACUCCUUUACAUUAUGCGGUUAAGUAUCGUAACAACGAAGCCAUUAGAGAGCUUUUAAAGCGUGGCGCCUAUAUUGGCAUUAAGAGUGAAUUCAAUGAAUUACCCAUAGAUGGCAUGAAUCCUGAGAUUUUGGAGGAACAUUUUGAUAAUUGCAUUACCUCGAAUGGCGUUAAAGUGGGCGACAAUAGUUAUGAAAUCCUAAUCAACUACAUGAAUCUUAUGCCCCAGAAUUCCAGUGUACAAAAGAAAUCAGCCCACCAACUGAGAGAAGAAAUGCCACCCAUAGCAUUCCUAGCUAAAUCAAGAGAUCACCGGCAUUUGUUGCAACAUCCGCUUAUCACCAGUUUUCUGUUUCUCAAAUGGCAUCGUUUGUCAGUAAUAUUUUAUAUAAACUUUAUGUUAUAUCUCUUCUUUGCCGUCUCUAUUAUUACUCACACCAUGUUGAAAUUUCGUGAGAGUGAGCAUGAGUAUGUGGCCGCGCUUUUUGGUAUAUUCUCCUGGAUCGGUAUUUGUUAUAUGAUAUUAAGAGAAUGUCUACAAUUCAUUAUGUCUCCCGUUAACUAUUUCCGUUCGUUAAUAAAUUACAUGGAAAUUGUGUUGAUUAUAUUAUCGAUUAUGACCUGCAGUGAGCCCAGUUAUGAUAAAGAGACUCAACGUAAUAUAGCUGUCUGCACUUUCCUAUUAAUAGCAGUAGAACUUUGCUUUUUAGUCGGCUCUCUACCGGUUUCUUCCAUCUCCACUCAUAUGCUGAUGUUGGAUGCAGUUUUCCGUAGCUUUCUUAAAAGUUUUUUACUAUAUUCGAUUUUUGUCAUCACUUUCACUUUGUGUUUUUAUAUAAUGUUUGGUAAACCGGAAAUUAAUGCUGUCAAGGAGGAAGCAACUCCCUCAUCGACUAAAGAUGGAAAUAAUGAUGAUGAUGGGGAUGAUGGUGAAUUUAGUCAAUUUAAAAGUCCCUUGGGUGCUUUGGCGAAAACCAUUGUUAUGUUGACGGGUGAAUUUGAUGCUGGAGAUUUGAAAUUCGAUACAUUCUGCAGUUACUUGCUCUUCUUACUGUUCGUCUUUACAAUGACAAUUGUGCUGUUUAAUUUACUCAAUGGUUUGGCCGUUAGUGAUACUCAGGCCAUCAAAGGACAAGCUGAACUUAAUGGCAUCAUAGUACGCACGAACUUACUAUCACGUUACGAAGAAGUACUCACCGGUCGUUCAGAACGUGCCAAUUUCAUUGUGAAUCAUGAACCAUUCCGUACCAUUUGCCGACGCAUCAUGAAUCUUUAUCCCAACUAUAUAGCUGGCAAACAAAUUGCCAUACUACCCAAUGAUAACAAUAAAGUACUGAUACCUUUAACGAAUACAUUUGAAAUGAAAGAGAUGUCCGUGCACAAAGAUUCCUUUAUGCCACUGGCAAAUCAUGAUAGCGAAAAACUUAAUAAAAUUUUAGAUCCUCCAGUGAAAUUUCUGCCCUGUUGUUGUUCAUUCAUUACCUCAAAAUGUUCUGAAAUGGAUAGACGUACGGUAAAGAUGGCCAUGGCCGUAAUUGAUAAGAAAUCAUUGUCAAUACAAGAACAAAUACGUGUACAAAGCACCGAGAAACGAUUGCAUAGUAUUGAACAAAAAUUAGAGAAAAUGUUCGAGGUAUUGCAGGACUUGCAGGCGAGAUAGUUGCCAAAAAUGACAAGGACAAGAAAAUUCAAUUUGAAAUAAUUUUUCGUUAUAAUUUUUAACUUAUGUCUUAUAGUUUUGUCUCCAAAUGUAAUUUUUACGAACAUAAAUUGUAUUUACUCAGUAUUUACUGGAACAUAUUUUUAUAUAUAAAUACUUGUUAAACUAUCUAUUUUUAAAAGUCGUACUACUAACUAAGAAAAAUAUUUGUUUAAAUUAAAUUUAAAAUGCUUUUAUAUUUUAAUGAAUAAAUUUACUAAUUUUUAAUGUA